GAAAUGUACAUUCGUUAUUCAACUUUGGAAUAUCCAUAAAGCUUCACAAAAUUCCUGUCAAUGCCUUAGUUCCUGCCGAGUCUCUACAAGUUCACAUACCAUAAAAAUGAAAUUGAUUCUUCUGCCAGUAGUUUUGGCCGUGGUUGGGCUAGCCAAUGGAGCUGGCUACAACGGACCAACGAAUCCUGCAGGCCUAGAACUAAUCAAGUAUUACGAAGGAUGGUACCCAAACUUCUACACGGACCCCGUGGGUAUUCGCACCAUCGGAUACGGUCAUGCUUGUCACGUUUGGGACUGCAGCGUCCCCCUCAACGGCCGAUACAGCGUUCCACUCACUCUGGCCAAUGGACAAAAUCUACUCGCCGAUGAUCUGGUCAAUGGAAAUUAUGAGAGCUGCAUCAGAAAUUACAACACGUACACUGGACUAAAUGCAGACCAAUUCUCCGCACUUGUAUCCUUCACAUUCAAUCUUGGGUGCGGAAGUUUCCAGAGCUCGACUUUAAGAACAUUGUUAAACGCUGGGAACACCUUGGGGGCCUCGUUAGAGUUCAGGAAGUGGAUCAACGCUGGAGGCAGCCCGCUUCUCGGUUUGGCGAGGAGGAGGGAGUCGGAACGUGUCCUCUUUUGCCAGUCCGGCGGUUGUCCUACGACCUGCAGAGGGAGGGUCAACGCUGACACGCUCAACUGCAGGAAGGACCCCAACACUUCGGCCUUCGUUGUGGCGUCGUAUGCGAAUGGAGCCACUCUGGAUAUCUUCGAAAGGGUGACUGGCACCGUUGUCAAUGGAAACCCGAACUGGUUCUUGGUUGGACCUGGCUACGUUUCUGCGGUUUAUGUCGAUAUCACGGCUGGAGGGGGAGGUUGGUGCGCAUCCGCUUUUAACGAGACUUCUAGUGAUGUUUAGGAAAUGAGAUUGGAAUUUUAAUUCAAAAAAUCUUUAUUGUUAACCUGCAUAAAUUUGAAAUGUUAUCAGAUCGCAAUACGCUAAAAUGUUUAAGUCACAUAAUUUGAGUGAAUUUUAACAUGCUUAAAAAAUGAGAUUAAAUAAAAUAUUUAAAUCGAAAA